UAUUGUGCGGUUGUAAACAUCUCCCCGCGCUGGUUAACCACCCGCUGCAGCGCUGUCUGCCAGUGCGGGGGUGAAGGCACGCACGCCGGCUCGGCCAAUCAGAGCGGAGGAGGUCCGCUGGGGGAAUGGGCGGCUGCCCCGCCUGUCGUAGUUGUCACAGGGACGACAACUUUUUUUUUCAUUCCGUCAGAGUGCUUUUCUCCGGUGUUCUCUACCCGUCCCGCUCUCUCCCUCUCUCUCUCUCUCUCUCUCUCUCUCCCUCUCUCUCUCUCGCUCUCGCCUCGGUUAAGUGCUCAGGAAGUGCAGGGGGGGGGGAAACUCGGCCCGAUCAGCCGGAUGGCCGAACUUGUGAGAAUUCGAAAGAAGCAGCUCCAGACGCCCAUCUGCAGGUUACGUUGCAUGCUGAAGCAGCUGGAUGAGAGAGAUGUGGAUUUUGAAGAACUCAAAAAGAACCUGGACUACACAGCAUCUCUGCUGGAGGCAGUUUACAUUGAUGAGACAAGACAGGGCCUCGAUUCCGAGGAUGACCUCCAGCAGCUGCGCUCAGACGCCGUGCCCUCCGAGGUCCGUGAUUGGCUGGCCUCCACCUUCACUCAGAAGGCCCGGCCUCCCGGGAAGCAGGCCUACGAGAAGCCCAAGUUCCGCAGCAUCGUGCACGCAGUGCAGGCUGGGAUAUUCGUCGAGAGGAUGUUUCGAAAGGCCUACACAGCAGCGAUGCCCGACCAGCCCCCAGCUGUCAUUCACUGCCUGAGGAACGUGGACAGGUGGAACUUCAACGUGUUCUCGCUGAACUCGGCCAGCUCGGACCACGCGCUGCAAACGCUCUUCCUGGAGCUAGUCGUCAGAUACGAGCUCAACAGCCGAUUCAAGAUACCCAUCACCUUCCUGAUGUCCUUCCUGGCCGCGCUGGAGGCAGGCUACUCCAAACACGGAAACCCGUACCACUCACUCACCCACGCCGCCGACGUCACACAGACACUGCACUGCCUGCUGCUCCGCACCGGCCUCGUGCACUGGCUGACUGAACUGGAGGUGCUGGCUGCUCUGUUCGCUGCUGCCAUCCAUGACUACGAGCACACAGGGACAACCAACAACUUCCACAUACACACCAGGUCCGACUUUGCCCUGAUCUACAACGACCGGUCGGUUCUGGAGAGUCACCACGUCAGUGCCACGUACCGCCUGAUGCAGGACGAAGAGAUGAACAUCUUCAUCAACCUCUCCCGCGAGGAGUGGACGGAGCUGCGCUCGUUGGUCAUAGAGAUGGUUCUGGGCACAGACAUGUCCUCCCACCUCCUCCAGGUCAAAGGCAUGAGGGCCUGUUUGCAGCAGCAGGAACGGGUAGAUAAACCCAAAGCUUUGUCCCUGCUGCUCCACACUGCUGACAUCAGCCACCCCACCAAACCCUGGACUCUGCACUCUCGCUGGACCAAGGCCCUGAUGGAGGAGUUCUUCAGACAGGGGGAUAGAGAGGCAGAGAUGGGACUCCCAUUCUCUCCCUUGUGUGAUCGUAAGAGCACCUUAGUGGCCCAAUCCCAGAUAGGCUUUAUCGAUUUCAUCGUGGACCCCACCUUCUCCCUGCUGACGGACAUGGCCGAGCGGAUCGUCAUCCCGCUGGUCCAGGAGAACCCCGAACCGCCCGACCCCUGCAAUCGAAACAGUCUGCUGUGGAAGGAGAGCUCCAGGGGCCUGCAGUGGAGUCUGGCUCACAUCACGGCCGAGCUCGUCAGCUUCCGCUCCACCUGGACCCGGCACACCGAGGAGAACAAGUUCAAAUGGAAGGAGAGAGCGGUAAACGGUUCCCUGGAUCAGAGCUCUACGGCAGAGCUCUCGCCCAGCGCUGACUCCGACUCCGAGGAGGGUUCGCGGAAAAGCCCGGAAGAGAACGCUACGCCGCAGUGAAGGCUGCCGCCGGGGCGGUGGCUAGACUCCGCCCCCGCUCCGCGCCGCAGCCGC